AUGGCUUCCCUCAUGUCCGAGGAGCAGUUCUGGUGCUGUAUCUGCCUGGACAUCUUCACCAACCCCGUGUCCAUCCCGUGUGGUCACAACUUCUGCCUGACCUGCAUCAAAGGCUACUGGGACACCCGUGAGCGCUUCGAGUGUCCCCUCUGCAAGGAGAGCUUCCGCCGUCGGCCAGAGCUACGCAUCAAUCGCGCGUUUAAGGACAUCACUGAGCACUUCCAGAGGUCCCUAAAGGAAGGCGAUUAUCAAGACAUAGGAGUAUUAGCGUCACAGUGUUCACCAGGGCUCGGUCCUGAGCCCGAUGCAGUUUCCUGCGAUGUCUGUCCUGGGACGAAGCAGAGAGCUGUUAAGUCCUGUCUGGUGUGUCAGGGGUCGUACUGCGAGAACCACCUGGGGCCUCACCAGAGAGAGCCGGCCCUCCAGAGGCACAGGUUGACGGACCCAGCAACCUUCGCCACGAGAGGCCUGUGCCGGAAGCACGAGAGGCCCCUUGAGCUGUUCUGCAGGAUCGACCAGAUACCGGUGUGUGUGAGAUGCAAUGAGACUGACCACAAGGGCCACAGCACUAUCCCUAUGGAGAGAGAGAGCAAGAAGAUGAGAACUCAGAUGAAGAAGACUGAAGGAGAUCUGUUGAAGAUGGUUCAGGACAGACUGAGGAAGAUGGAUGAGAUCAAACACUCAGUGGAGCUCAGCAGAAUAAGUGCUGAAAAAGAGAUUGAGGGCAGUGUACUAGUCUUUAGCAAACUGGUGUGCUCCAUCGAGAGAAGCCAGGCUGAGCUCAUGAAGGUGAUUGAGGAGAAGCAGAAAGCAGCAGAGAGGCGUGCUGAAGGGCUCAUCAAUGAGCUGGAGCGGGAAAUCAUUGAACUACAGAGAAGAAGCACUGAGCUGGAGCAGCUCUCACACACAGAGGACCAUCUCCACUUCCUACAGGACUGGUCUGAGAUCAGUGUAUACUCUGAUCUAUGUGUGGACACUGUGAGGGCUGCUAUGUCUCAGCUUGUGGACACCUGCAGAGACUUCGAAAAGAUAUUAUGUGAAGCGGAGCUGAGGAGAACCCAGCAAUAUGCAGUGGACGUCACUCUGGAUCCAGUCACAGCCGCCUCGUGGCUCGUCCUGUCCUCCGAUGGGAAGCAGGUGAGUCUGGGAUACCAGCAGAACCACUCCCUUCCUGCUGACCCUCGGAGGUUUGACUCCUGCGUCUGUGUGCUGGGACAGCAAGGCUUUGCCACCGGGAGGCGCUACUGGGUUGUCCAGGUGGGCGACAAGACAGACUGGGAUGUGGGCGUGGCGAAAGAGUCUGUCAACAGGAAGGGGAGUGUCACAGUGAGGCCGGACCAAGGCUACUGGGCUGUGUGCCGGAGGAAAGGCAGCCAUCUUAGCGCGUGCGCCGGGCCAUCUGUCCCCCUUCACCUGAGAAAGAAGCCGCGGAAGGUUGGAGUGUUUGUGGAUUUCGAGGAGGGAUUGGUCUCCUUUUACAACAUGGAGGCGAAGGCUCAUAUUUAUAGUUACAGGGGAUGCUGCUUCACUGAGACACUGUAUCCGUAUUUUAACCCCUGUCUCCAUGACGAUGGGAAGAACACUGCCCCAUUGGUUAUCUGUUCUGUGGAAGGGGAGGCGGGGCCUAUACAGGAAGUUGUGAGGUCUAAGGUCCCGUCCGCAGCCCUGGCGUUGGCUGGGAGGAGCCGUCAAUCAUCUGUUGGCUCUGUUUCGCAACACUUCUGA